CAAUGAUUUCAAGCCUCUUACCAAGAUUUCGAUAUAUGGAUCAAUUAUAAAGAUGUAAGUUUAAUAUAUAUAUGAAAGUCUUAUAAAUUACAAGAAAUACAACAAAAUCAGAUUUAAUCUAAUUCAAUAAUCAAUACUUAAGUAAACAUAAGAUCAAACCUAUUACUUAUUAAAUUCCUGGAUUCUAUAAUUACAUAAAAUAAGAAAUUGUAAUAAUUUGACUAAUAUAGAUUUAAGGAGACAUAGAAUCAUUAAACAAGGCAUCCACUCACUAUUUCAGCAAAGAAGGCAAACUUAUUAGACCAAUGUUAAAUUUACUAUAUGCCAAUCAUAUAGAAAAAAACAGUUAGAACACAGAAUAAUAAAAAAUAUGGGCUGCAGUGAUAGAAAUUCUACAUGUAGCUAGUCUAGUGCAUGAUGAUAUUUUAGAUGCAUCAGAAACAAGAAGAGGAAUUCCUUCAGCUCAUGUCAUUUUUGGUAAACACAGGGCUACUUUCUCAGCUAACUAUUUAAUUGGAAGAGCGUAAUUAAAAUUAUAAAAAUAAUAGUGGUAGAAAAAUAUCUGAAUUAGAUGAUAUCAGGAUGUUUCAAAUCUAUUCACAAAUUAUGGAUAACUUAACUAAUGGUGAAUAUUUAUAAGCUAUGAAAUAAAAGAGUUUUCAUAACUUUGAAAUCACUCUAUAAAACUAUAUGAUUAAAACCUAUUAUAAGACUGCUGCAUUAAUUGCUAAUAGUUUAUAAGGAGUUUGUUAAUUAACCAACAUUAAAGAUGAAGUUUGUGAAAAAUCAUUUAAUAUUGGAUUGCAUUUGGGUGUUGCUUUUUAAAUUAUUGAUGAUGUCUUAGAUUAUACUUCUAACACUGAAUAAUUAGGUAAAGCUAGUUUAAAUGAUCUAAAGAGUGGAGUUUUGACUGGACCUGUCUUAUUUGAAUUAUUCAAUUAAUAAAAAAUUAACUCACCAGAAUAUUAACUCAUGAACUCAGUCUUAUUAGGCAAUUCCAAAUAGUAUGAGACCGUAAAUUCUAUUGUUCUUGCUGGAGAAGGAAUAGAGCAAAGCAAAUUUUUAGCUUAUUAACAUACUCAAGAAGCAUUAAAAAUAUUAUCAAGCAUCAAUACAUAACCUGAUUAAGAUUUAAUUUCUUUGAUUUUCAUGUUCAUCAACAGAAAUAAAUGA